AUGGGCGUGAAAGAUCUGUGGUAUGAAGACGAUAGGCAGUUGGAUGAAUACAGAGUGCUUGCGGAGAAACGUGGAAAAAAGCAGUCUGUUUUGCCAGUGGCUGAAAAGAUCAUGAACAAUAUGCGGGUCAUUGAUGGUCGUGUGGAUACGAGUACAACCUACCUGUUUGUUCAAAUACUAGAACAUAUGCUCAGCUGCAUUGUACAGGCCGCUCUCAAUUAUCGUUCGGAGCUGGGAGUGCUUUCUGAAUGCGCCAUCACUUCAACGGAUAUCCAACACAUUUUUAGCCUGUUGGGCACACUGCCGGUGGACAUGUUGAGUGGUAGGGUGCCGCUGGUACGACGCAACACUGACACCUAUGAGGGAUGUUUGCGAGACCUCCAGGCCUUCCUCAAGACCUCUAACUGGUCACUCAGCCUCGUCACACGCAUCUUCUUCGAGCCCCUCCUGGGCAUUCUCACAGCCCUCAGUGGCGAGUCUGCCCCAUUCUCCUCAGCCGCUACCGUUGCUGCCAGCACCGACCUUGGCCGAGCGGCUAGUUCUGCGCUUGCUGUUUUCAAAAUGGCUAAGAGCCUUGUGGGUGAUCUCAACAUCCUGGCUGAGGUGUCGGAUGAUAUAUUCGAUAGCACUGCACAUCUCCUCAACUACUGUUUGCAGGUUCGUCUGUCUUCUACUUCUCCCUGCCCUUGGUACUCUUUUGUUGGAUGA